GGCGCGCACGACACUCAUACUUACGCAUAGUAAAUUCAUUAAUAACCUGUUGUUGUGGCUUCGUUUAUAUACAGAAAUUAUAAUAACUUUAAUACAGUCCACUCGCGUUAUUAUUCAAAACCUGAGGCUCAAACAUUGGUCCUUCUACCGUGAAAGAAGCACAUAAGAAACCUACAAGCCAUCGUGACAACUUGGUUGAACUUUGGACUCGACGUGUCGACCGCUGUGACAAGUCAUCGUUCUAUCAAUUUAUGGACGGAAGGUUAUAACAUCCGUGAGUUCGUUCCAAUUUUUUCCUUUCCCAUCCAAUAUUUUAAUUAAUUAUUAUUAAUAUCAGUGUUUGAUAAUAUUAUUUUCCCAUUUCCAUUUCUACUCAUACUAUCGCAUUCUUCGCUUCUAAUUUGACCAGACAGUUUUGAUUGUCAAAUCCAUAUAAAUAUUGCACAGUUGCACUUUAAUUUAUACUUCCAUUCAUUUUUUCGCACGGCUUACGUAAUCAAGGCCAACGACCCGUCUCGAUACCUGCGCCUACGCUUUCACUUUUAUUUGCUACGGUUCUUUGUUAUCAAACAGCUGUGCAUUAUUCUCAAUAGGCCAUUCAAUUUUAUUACUUUAUUGCAUCGGUUAUCAUUAUCACAACUUCUUAUUUAAAUACUUUUUUAAUCACAUUCAAAAUGUCAUUAGACAAAUUAAUAAAAAAGCGUAGUAGCAUGAAAGCAAAAUCAACACAUUUUGAAAACUUUUUGAACGCACUAUGUACAAAAGAACUGUCUGAACUACAACAAAUAGAUUUAGAAGCUCGCUUAAAAACUUUUGAUGCCUUAUACGAGCAUUACGACGCGUUGCAGAUGGAGAUCGAGUCGACCUCGGACGCGGCUGAUGAUGAAUAUGCGGAGCGAGCCCAGUUCGAGGAGCGUUACUACUCCCUGCUGGCUCGAGCGCGCAAAGCAUUGGCUGUGUGCUCUGCUGAGCGUGCUCGCUCGGAGGCGGGUUCUGAUGCGGGCUCCAAAUCAGGUGCAUCGUUUAAAAAUAAUUUUGUGCGCUUACCUAAAAUUGAUUUGCCACACUUUAAUGGUAGCUAUGAGUAUUGGUUAGAGUUUAGAGACACCUUCUGCUCAUUAAUUCAUAACAGCGAUUGCAUCGAUGACAUCAACAAGUUCCACUACCUCCGUGCGUCACUUGAAGGUCAAGCAUCGGAGAUAAUAAAAAAUAUAGAUUUUAAGGGUGAUAAUUACGCAAUGGCUUGGGACUUGUUGUGUGAACGAUACAAUAACAGUAGACUCUUAGUAAAUAACCAUGUACAGGCUUUGUUUGACGUAGAAACGCUGACUAAAGAAUCGUCUUUAUUGUUGCGCCAGCUUAUUGACACUGUUAACAAAAACAUACGGGCACUUAAAACAUUAAAGGAACCUACUGAGCACUGGGAUACUCUCAUUAUAUUUAUGAUAUCUAGAAAGCUUGAUUUCACUACUAGUAGGCAUUGGGAGGAGUAUCGCAAUACUCUGUCGGGUUCUCCAACUCUAACGCAGUUUUGUACUUUCAUAUCUAACAGAGCUGAUUUAUUAGAAACUUUAGAAAAUAAUCAAGCUAAAUUAAACACACAAAAUAAUAACACUAAACAAAAAAGCUUUAUUGUAACUAAUAUUGGGGAACACACAAGCAAUAAUAACUUACAAAAUAAAAAUCUACAAAAUAAUAAUUUACAAAAUAACACUUAUCUGUUGAAUCACGAUUACAAAAGGCAAAAGAAUUUAAAGUCUGUCUAAAUUGUUUACGCUCAAGUCAUACCACACAAAAAUGUAGAUUGUCAGGAUGUAAAUAUUGCAAGGCCAGACACAAUACGCUUUUGCACAUUGAGCCGACUGAGCAGACAUAUCAAGACCCCAUGCCAUCUACUUCUACUAGUGUUGCUUUAUCUGCAGAUACAACAAAACAGCCUACUAGCGCACCCAAUGUUUUGCUGUCCACAGCUAUUGUGAAGGUGGUGAGCCGCAACGGCGAAAAGCUCAACGCUCGGGUACUGCUCGACAACGGCAGCACGGUGAACUUCAUUACCGAGAGCCUCUGCACAAAACUGGGUUUGUCACAACGCAAUGCAGCCUCCACUGUGACAGAUCCCUGAGAAGAACAUCAGCUGCUUUGACCGAUUCAAGAGGAUUGAAUACAUCCGACAGCACUUCUGGCAGAGAUUUUCUCAUGAGUACAUUUCCUUGCUUCAGCAAAAAACCAAGUGGUCCACUUCUUCUGGCCAGCUCACUGAAGGAAUGCUCGUGCUUCUUCGGGACAAGGCGCUACCACCGUUAGUUUGGGCCUUGGGUCGCGUGGUGCGCACCUAUCCUGGACCCGACGGCGUUACCAGAGUCGCCGAACUAAAAACGAGGAGAGGCAACGUCACAAGAGGGUUCAACAACAUUUGCCCUCUUCCCUUUGAAGAGGUCAAGGGGCGGGAGGAUGUUCGCGCCCGGGCAACUGGCCUUGGAGCGGGCGACGCAGUGAAAGGUGCCGGGAGCGACGACGGCGGCGCGUGAAGGCGAUCCCACACUUGGCCACCGAGCGGCGCGCACGACACUCAUACUUACGCAUAGUAAAUUCAUUAAUAACCUGUUGUUGUGGCUUCGUUUAUAUACAGAAAUUAUAAUAACUUUA